AUGUCUGCGACGUACUGGGGGAAGGGAACGGCUAAGGUCAGAGCUCCAUAUAUUGAGGAGUCGCACUUAUGGAACUUCUUUUACGGGGAGAGGGAGGAUUUAUGCCUUUUCCUUCCACCUCCAUCAUCUCCCUACCAGCCUGUACUGCCAGAGCCAGGGCCCUUUAGCGGGCCAGAACCCAAGCCAGGGCCCAUUAGCGGGCCAGCUAGCGUAGUGCCGGAACCCACUAGCGGGCCAGCUAGCGUAACUCCGGAACCCACUACCGUGCCAGCUAGUGGAGCUCCAGAACCCAUUAGCGGGCUUAAACCAGAGCCCAUUAGCCGUCUAGCGACCCCUGAGCCCGCUCUGUGUCGUCCAAGAGCCCUCGGCGGGCGCUCCAAGCCUCCAAGAGCCCUCAGCAGGUGCUCCAAGCCUCCAAGAGCCCUCAGCGGGAGCUCCAAGCCUCCAAGAGCCCUCAGCGGGAGCUCCUCGCCCCUUCAGUGGUUGUUCCUGAGCUGCAGCCGGCGGCUCCCUCAGAGGUUGUUCCUGAGCUGCAGUCGGCGGCCCCCUCGGAGUCAGCUGCUGCAGCCUAAAGCUGCCUCCUCCCAACAUGAAAACCCAACCAGAACCUCCAAGCUGCCAUCAGUGAGAGUCGUCCUGCUGGUUCUGGGCUCUCUGCUGGCUGCUGCUCUCAUCAUCAUCUACAGACUGGUUUAUGUGGCUUGGCGGACCAGUGAAAAAGUCCAAACCCUGCAAGAAGAGAAUGAAGCUCUGAGAGAAAAAUUAUCAGGCGAGAAAUUUUGGAAAUUUGAAGCAGGCUGGGAGCUACAUGGAGGAAACUGUUAUUAUUUCUCGAGCAAUACAUCCAACUGGAAUAAGAGCAGAGAUUCCUGCAGAGAUCUGGGAGGAGACCUGGUGAAGAUCGACAGCAGAGAGGAGCAGAUGUUCCUGUUCAUCAGAGUGAGAGACUUGAUGAAGAGAGAUGAGGAUAUGUUCUGGAUCGGACUGACGGACUCAGAGAUAGAAGGCAGAUGGUUUUGGGUGGAUGGAUCAUGUCUGAAUGAAAGUUUGACUUUUUGGGGGAGUGAACAACCAGACGACCUAAGCUAUGGACACGUUAAAGAUGCUGACUGUGUGAGGAUGGGGUUGCAAAAGAAGGUUGCUGAUCUGAGGACCUGGUUUGAUAUAUCUUGUAAUCAGACCCAGAAAAGUAUCUGUGAGAAAACAGCAAAAGCUGGACAGAGUUCAUGUGUUUUAAGUGAAGUUCAGGUUUUCCUAUAAAACACACUAAGUCCAGGAUCCAGAAGCUCCAGAGCUGCUGGUUAUAUCAGGAUAGAUACGUGAUAAAACUUGUUCAAGGGACCUGCAUCAGCAGCUGGUUCCACAAUUAAAUAUUAAUGUUUUUUCGACUUAAUACCUGUGAGUUUCUUAGCUCCUUGUCAUUUAGUCUGGUUCUCAGCUUCUUCAGUCCCACUGUUUGUUUGUUUUGUUUAUUUUGCAUAAAACACAAUAAACCCAAACCUUAAGAUAAAAUUAGUCGAGAAGAACCUCUUUAUUACCGUAUUCAUGUCACAUAUCUUUCUGAUAGACUGAAGCCCAAUCACAGCUGGCAAUAAUUUCAACCAUCUCUACAUCAGGUCCUUGUGGGUCAGGUCUGUGUCUCUUCACGCCCGCUGUUAAACAUUCUUGUUUAGGGUUCAGGUUAA